GGCCCAAUGAGCAGGCUCCGAACACGGACGUAGCAUAGCAACGUUCAAGGAUCGCACUGUGGGGGCAGCACGGGCGCACGUGGAAACAGUUUCGGGUUCGGGUCUGCAGCGCGUCUGCCCGGCGUGACGCCCCCUCCCCGCGCCAUGGCUCUGCUGCCCCGCACCGCGCGGGACUUCGCCUCGGCCCAGUACUGGGAGCGCUUCUUCCAGCAGCGCGGGCCGCGCACCUUCGAGUGGUACGGCGGAUACCUGGAGCUGUGCGCGGCGCUGCACAAGUACGUGCGUCCCCGAGACAAGGUUCUUGUAGUGGGUUGCGGCAACUCCGAACUGAGUGAGCAGAUGUAUGACGUGGGCUACCAGGACAUUGUGAACGUGGACAUCAGUGAGGUGGUGAUAAAUCAGAUGAGGGAGCGGAAUGCCCACAGGAGGCCAAAGAUGAGCUACCUGCAGAUGGACAUGCUGCAGAUGGAUUUCCAGGACGCACAGUUCCAGGUGGUAUUGGACAAGGGCACCCUGGAUGCUAUACUGGUUGAUGAAGAAGAGGCCACCCUUGAAAGGGUGGACAGGAUGUUUGCUGAGAUUAGCCGGAUGCUGCAGGUUGGAGGCCGUUACCUGUGUAUCUCCUUGGCCCAGGCCCAUGUGGUGAAGAAGGUGGUGGGCUACUUCUCCCGGGAAGGCUGGAUGGUGCGCGUUCACCAGGUCUCUGGCAGUGACGACGGAGCAGCCAAGCAGCAGUUUGUUCUGCCUGUUUUUGUCUACGUCAUGACCAAGUUCAAGAAGAUCCCUGGUUCGGUUCUGCAGAUCCUCGAGAUCUGCACGGAGGAGCAGGACAAGCCUGUGCGGGUGGAGAGUGCUGAGCAGUUGGUCGAGGCAAUAAAGGAGAGGCAGCUCUAUGCUCUGCUGCGCAGCCAGCUGAAUAAAAACCCCAGUGCGAGCCACAUCUCCCUGGAUCUGUGUGAUGCGGAUGCUGGGAAACCUCGGUACACUCUGCAUAUAGUGGACAGCCCCUCAGUGAAAGCCUCCCGGAACAAUCACUUCGCCAUCUUCAUCAUACCGCAGGGCAGAGAGACCGAGUGGCUCUUUGGAACAGAGGCGGGUCGGAAGCAGCUGGCUGCCAGCGCAGGCUUCAGGCGGCUGAUAACGGUGGCGCUGCACAGAGAUCAGCACUACGAAGGGAUGGAAGGCAUCCAGGCAGAGCUGUCAGGGAAGGUGAUGGAGCUGGCACCACCCGGUCUUCCAUCCCAGCAGCAAGUGCCGUUUCUCUCUGUAGGGGGGGACAUCGGGGUCCGUACCAUUCAGCAUCGGGACACCAGCGCCAUGAGCGGGGAAUAUCUCAUCGAAGACGUGAAAGGGGACAACAUGUGCUACUUCCGGCGGCUCAUCUUCCUCAGCAACAGGAACGUGGUACAGUCAGAAGCCAGGCUGCUGUCCAGUGCAGCCCCUAGAGGUCAGAAGAAGCGGAAGAAGGACAAGAAGAAACAGGCGUCUGGCUCCACUGAGGCCCCCCCAGAGUCAGCUGGCCAGGCCAUUGACCGGAGCUACCUCUGCUGUGAACACCAUAAGGCCAUGGUUGCAGGACUGGCUCUGCUGAGAAAUCCUGAGCUCCUACCAGGAGCCAGGCUCUCGGUGCUGGUGAUCGGGCUGGGCGGGGGCAGCCUGCCUCUCUUCAUCCACGACUAUUUCUGCCAGUCCCACGUUGAGGCGGUUGAAAUCGACCCCUCCAUGCUGGAGGUGGCUACCCGGUGGUUCGGCUUUUCCCAAGGCGACAGGAUGAAGGUUCACAUUUCGGACGGCCUGGACUACGUGGCCAACCUGGCAGCAGCGGCAGCACCAGCCCGGUACAAUGCUGUCAUGUUUGAUGUAGACAGCAAGGAUCCCACGCUGGGAAUGAGCUGCCCGCCGCCGGCCUUUGUGGAAACGGCCUUCCUGCAGAAGGUUAGAACCAUCCUGGCACCGGAAGGCGUCUUUGUGCUCAACUUGGUGUGCCGAGACUCCCUGCUCAAAGACUCGGUUAUGGCCACCCUCAAGGAGGUCUUCCCCCUGCUGUACGCCCGGAGGAUCGAGGGGGAGGUCAACGAAAUCCUGUUCUGCCAGCCGCACCCCGAGGGGAAGCUGGCUGCCCCGGAGCUUGUGGAGAUGGGUAGGACCCUGGAGAGGACGCUGAGGAGGCCCGGCCGAGCAUGGGACAGCUCCUACAUCCUGUCGGACAUGUUGAAGGCAGUGGAGAUCGUGUGAGAGGGACGUUCUGCCUUGCCUGGGUUACCCGCCUGUGCUCUCUGUUUGGAGAGAGGAGCUGAAGGCAGUUGUGCCGUCUGACUGUAAACACUGCGAGUGAAGAGCGGCGCCCCCCAGCACCUCACACACGUGCUCCUCCCAGCUGCUAGGGCCAGGAUGGUGCAUCUCGAGCAGCCUGUCAGAAGGGAGGCAGGAUCCUGGAAGGGAAAACCUCCCUCUGGGGGAAAAAGGGGGGCUGCCAGCCAUAGUGAAAGGACCGAAGGGUCUCUAGGCAGCAGCGAAUGGUGUGAAAAGUUCUUUUCCUUCUCCGAGUGGCUGUGUGCCAGCUGCUUAGGGGAGUGGGGCCUGGUCUAGCUCUACUACUUUGGCUCCUUAUUGCUGUGGAGGCCAGUCCCCUGGGCGCCAGCCCUGGGUGUUUGUUUGCCAUGGGAGCCUCCCCCGCUCUCUGCUUUUAAAAUAAAGGUCUUUUUCCUUG